AUGGCAGAUAAACCUGAGCAAACUCAAGUACCAGUAACAAGUGAAAAGAAGAAGGACCCUAGGAGAGUAGCUGCAGGGAAGCGAUUAGCGGCAAUCAGUAAGAUAGCCAAGGAGAGGAAAAAGAAACAGGUGGAAUCUGAUGAGUCAUCUGGUGGUGGCAGCAUGAUCACGUACGUAGGGAUAGCUAUCGCAUUCAUCACCCUAGUCAUAACAUUCAGGAUGAACCAAAGGGAAGAGAAAGCCCUUGAACCUAAGUACACACCACCAACUGUAACAAUAGAAAAGCAGCCUGACAGAUCCCACAUAGACACCCUUGAGUGA